GAGGGACCGGAGCAGGGGAGCAAUGGCGGCGGGGAAGCAGUGGAGGGAGCGGGGCUCGGCCGUGCUGGAGCUGCCCCGCACGCCGCGGAUGGUGUGCGUGGAGUACCCGGGGCUGGUGCGCGACGUCGGGGCCAUGCUGCUGACCCUGGGAGGAGAGCAGGGGGUGUCGCGGAUCUACGCGGACCCUGCCAAAAGGCUGGAGCUGUAUUUCCGCCCCAAGGAUCCUUACUGCCACCCGGUAUGUGCCAAUCGCUUCCCCACCUCCACCAUGCUGCUCAAGGUGAAGAGGAGGACCAAGAAGAAGAAGCAGUUGGACACCGAAGAACAAAUCCAGCCAGAAGUCCAGUUUGAAAUGGAAAUUCUUGGGACUGUCACCACCGUUUACAAAUUCCAAGGAAUGUCUGAUUUCCAGUACCUGGCAAUGCACUCUGGUCCCGAUGGCAAGCAAACCUCCAUGUAUGACAAAGUCCUAAUGCUCAAACCUGAGAAGGAAGAAUUUUUCAAUAGAGAAUUACCUCUCUACAUCCCGCCACCAAUUUUCUCACGUCUGGACACUCCUGUUGACUAUUUUUAUCGGCCAGAUAUACAGCACCGGGAGGGAUACAACAAUCCCCAGGUGUCUGGUGAGAACCUGAUUGGCCUCAGCAGGGCCCGUCGCCCGCACAACGCUAUCUUUGUGAACUUUGAUGAUGAAGAAAUCCCAACUAAAGCCCUGGAUGCUGCUGUACAGACCUGGAAGAAAGUGUGCACCAACCCUGUGGACAAAAAGGCGGAGGAAGAGCUGAGAAAGCUCUUUGAAGUCCGUCCUGUCUGGUCUCGGAAUGCAGUAAAAGCCAAUAUCAGCGUUCACCCAGACAAGCUGAAACUUCUGUUGCCGUAUUUGGCCUAUUACAUGUUAACAGGUCCUUGGAGAAGCUUAUGGGUUAGGUUUGGGUAUGACCCCAGAAAACACCCUGAAGCAAAGAUUUAUCAAGUACUGGACUUCCGAAUUCGCUGUGGAAUGAAAUAUGGUUACGCCCCUAACGAUAUGCCUGUGAAGGCGAAACGCAGCACGUAUAACUACAGUCUGCCCAUCACUGUCAAGAAGCCAGUAAGCCACACAGUCAGUGUACACGAUCUGAAACAGGGGCUUGGUACGUCUGGUGCAUCCGGUGCAAAAAAGCCUGCCUCCAGCAGGUAUAAACUGAAGGAAUCCAUCUACGUUUUCCGAGAAGGAGCCUUACCCCCUUAUCGGCAGAUGUUCUACCAGCUCUGUGACUUGAAUGUGGAAAGCCUUCAGAAAAUCAUACAUCGGAAUGAUGGCACAGAGUCAGAAUGCACAGAGCGGGAUGGGUGGUGCCUUCCAAAGACUAGUGAUGACCUGCGAGAUAGCAUGUCUCUGAUGAUAAAGCAGAUAAUCAGAUCCACAAGACCCGCUCUUUUUUCAAACACAACAAACAGUGAAGAUGGCAAAGAGCAGCUGGCAUAUGAGUCUGGAGAGGAUGAGGAUGAUGAAGAGGAGGAGGAAGAGGAAUUCAAGCCUUCUGAUGGGAGUGAAAAUGAAAUGGAGACAGAAAUUCUGGACUAUGUGUGAACUCAGUGAGCAGUCUGGCUGCUGUUGGAACAGAAUCGUCUCUGCUCUUGUUCCUUAAGUGCUGAGGAUUCAGCCACCAUGCCUGGGAUAUGGGAAAGCAGAACUUGCACUAAGAUGCCGAUGACCUGUCUGCACUGGCUGUGGUGCCUGCUGAGGGGUGUCAUUCCAAAUGUUAGGGAGCCAGUGUCUAUGCUUUCAUAAUUGCUGGCUAAUAAGCCCUCAGGCAAGCUCAACAAACUCCCAGGAAAGAUCCCUGAAUCCAAACCAGCUGGUAACACACCAGAAAAGAGGAGAAGUUGCAUUCCUGGAUCUCUCCAUGUGUGGGAAGUUCACCUUGGCUGGGUUGGUGGCCGUGUGGAAAACAGAAAAGGUGCCUGCAGAGUGCUGGGGCAGCAGUCUAGUGCCACUGGCGGCCCUAAGGCGGGUGCUGCCCUUUUGCUCAUCUAAGGGGAAUGAAAUACUGUGCCAUGACGUCAGCAUCGAGCCUUGCUCGUGAUCUCAGAAAUAAAGCCAGCAGGAAAAAAUGUUUUCUGUCAGAGAAUAAUUCCUUCUGCGGGAUGUAGUGUAGAUUGUCCUCACUAGCUGCUGCACUUCUCAAUUCCAUUUUGACUUCCCCAGUAGUUAGCAAGGACAGAAGGAAGCAGGCAAUGGGGCAGAGCUUCAGGCCCACAGAGGUUGGCCACUCAUUAGUCUGCCAUUGCUGUCUGGAUUGUUACCACCCCAUCACAGAGAUUAAGGAUCUGCUGGCAUUUUCUAAACCUUGUGUAUUCCCCAGUGUGUUACGAGUGCAAGGUUUCUCGUUAGUGGCUGAUAAUACGCUCUAAGGCAUGGUUCAGUCUGAUUUCAGCCUCCUGCUCUUGUGAGACGCUUCUCAAGGCUUCAGCAUUUUUUAACGUUUGCUGGAGUUUUGUUAGACUGAGAUAUUUCCUUGGGUUUGGCCUCCAGCCCACAAAGGCAACAUCUGCAGGGCUGUCAUACGGUAACACAUCCCGUGCUCCUGGAUACGUGCGUACAUACACAGAAGCUGCAGUUGUGGACUGGCUCCUGAGGAGUGCAGUCACCACGGCUCGCUGGGAGAUCCUGCGCAUUGCCUUGUACCUCAGGGUACCACGGGCUGCAACCGUAAGUACAAAGCCAUUUCUUACGGCCUCAAGUCUUCAUGAGGGAGGCUGGGCAUCCAUGGGUCUGUCUGGGGACGCCUCCCCCCAGGGUAAGGUGUAGGUCCUGGCAACGUGGGAAUCCAGAGGCAUGAGGGGCUCUGCCACAGACUUGCCCUUCUCAGUGAAAUGCAACAAUCAACUAAGAAAAAAGGAGAGAUGCAGUGGACAGUGGUAUGUAUGUGCUCAGGUAUUAGCAGGCACCAAGAAUAAACACUCAGAAAUGUUACAAAAAACACCUGAAGCAAAGUUUUCUAUUAACAGGAGGCCCAAGGCCAAAGCAGCCAGAAAUCACUUGUGCCAGAGUUCAUUUACUUCCCAACUGUUUUCAAAAUUCCUCUGUCUGGGAAGACUGCAGUAACUUGGAUGUUUAAUUCGGCCUGAGCAGGUAACGGCAUUACCAGCCCUGUCUGUACAAUGCACCCUUUCAUUUCCAAUAGCCCAGGCUUUAAACUAAUCUACGUAGCCAAAGGCACAGAGAAAUUCUGGAUAGUGCAGCUGCAUCUUUAAUAGCCACACUCAGAAUCGCCACACCAUCUGAGUAAUCUCCACUAAUGUCUGUGCAAUUAUAACAUAGAAAAUAAACACGCUGGCCGUGUGAGAAAACGAGCCCUUGAGCACCAAAGCAACGCUGCCUCAAACCAAGGCAGACUGCCGUAUCCACACCAUAAGGAACAGCCAUUGCAUUUGCUCUUAAAACCAUUGCUUAUACCAAAAGUAGUAAAACCAGUAAAUUGGAUGUCACAUUUAUGCAACUGGAAAACGUGACAGUCCCAAUAACUCGCAGGUUCAAAUGAACAGGGUUCAUUUGAAAAUCAGGUACUGGUCCCUCAAAACAAAAAGCCUCUAUCUUAAUUCAAGCACAAAACAAAGCUCAACUCCGCAGUUUACGUAAGGUACGAAAUGCCACCUCCUGCAGUCAGGUCCACUCCUCUUUCUCCAGGAACGUGCCGGCAUUUUG